CCGCCCACCAGCCGCUCCUCCCUCUACACCUAAUGGGUCCUCGCUUCCGGACGCCGUGGCCGUACUGGUGGAGCCGUCCAGCGGCGUCGCCGGCGCCGUGAUGUUGACCACUGCAGGUGCUGAUGCAGCCUGAGGAGAAUCAGACUUUGCCGCCCUCCUGCUGCACGAGUCGUCUCUGACCCGCUGCUGCCGUCCACGACUAGGACAUGCUGCUGCACUCCACAUCCCCAACGAGCUGCUUGCUGCCCGUGAGGCUGACGGGCGUGAGGCCAGGGUACCGGCCUUGGGUGGUGUUCCCAUGUUGGUGGUGCCCUCCGGUGGUGUUCCAGUUGUGUUGAUGGUGCCCUCCGGUGGUGAUGUCCACCGGAGCUCCUGAUGUUGCUCUCCUUGAACGGCAACGACGAUGCCGGAAACGAGCUGCUGCUGAUUGACACCCCUGCCACGACAAGGAGGAUUGAGCGUAUCAAUAUGAAGUCAAGUCUGUGUCUUGCUGGUCUUGUGUGAAUGUGUGGUUGAAAGCAUAUCGGAGGAGGAGCUGAAGGCCGCGAAGCAGGGGUACCAGGAGGCCGUGUCGAAGGGGAACGGGAAGUAGGAAGCACUGUGGCGAACGCCAUCGGAGACAUCCACAGGUGCAUGCGGUGAGCCGCUCAGGUGGCUGCGAAUCGACUACACGGUCUCCGUUAAGAACAGCAUCGCCCCACUCCCAGGCCCUCGCCUGCCAGGAGCCUGCUAUCCGAUGCAUGACUGGAGGAGGGUGUCUUUCUUCUUCGACUCGGUGGGUUUUUGGUAAGUUUCUGGUGUCAGUACUCCUUUGUGGCAGCGGUUCUUUUUUGGUCCGUCCUGUGCCGUCAUGCUUUGGCGGUGCUGCGGCCACUGGCUGUGGCCUGUUUAUUACUGCUUUAAUGAAGAUUGCAAUGUUGGGUGUUGGAGAAAUCGGAAUGAUCAGGAGUUGUUUCCUGUGCGUGCACGUUCGUAGUAUUUGCUUCAUGAAUUGCGCUUGUCUGAUCUGAAUUGUAUGUUGAGACACCGCAGCUGUUGUGCUGUUAUGCACUUUUUUUUUGUCAGAUAUUAGCCAUGUGUUCGAGAUAAAAAUCGGCAUAGUUGAUGCCAAAAGUUGGAAUUCUUUUUUGCUGACGAGUUGUUUUUGUGUGAGAAAAUUCCGUUUGCUGCUGGCAUGACAGGAGGGUGCCUCUCUUUAUUCGACUUGGUGGUACAGCAGUGUAGGUUUCCGACGCGGCCUUGUCCACCACAGCCUGCGUUGCUUAUGUGGUUUGGUUUCGACCUGGCGUUUUUUAAUUGUACAGUACGGAGACAGGAGCGGUCAUAUUAAAAAGGUGUUUUACGUACCGAACGAUGGUUUCGACUCUGCCGUCGUGACUCCCUCUACCCGUCUCACUUGGGAACGUGCACGGAGACUUGAUUACGCGCGCUCGCCUGCCAGCCUGGCUCCAGAAGCGAAGCGACCCCUGCGCGUGCGCGUGCUCUCUUGGAGCUGCCGUCUCCUCCGGAUGGAGCCUGAUGCCCCACUCGCCGGUCUUCGACGAGUAAGAGCACGCCCAUGUGACCCACUCCAGAUCCUCCUCGUCUUGGUAGCUGUUCUGGUAGCCGACGGUGUCAGAAUAGACCAUCGCCAAGCCAAAGGGCCUCCUCCCGUGACAGCCGCGGUGGUCAGACUGCGCCGCCUCCUCCCUCACCCAACCCUGCGACGCCUGCUCCCUCACCAAACCUUGGCCGCAGAGCUCCGCUGCACCUCCGGCGAGGUCCAGAACAGGAAGGCGAAGAACCAGCGCGUCCAAGCGCGGGCCUUUUCCCCCGCGCUGGCCGCGGCUGCUGAAUAUCCGAUCUGCAUCGCUGCAAGGCGUGCCAGCGAGGUGCGCCUCGUCCCCGGCGACCGCGGCCUUCUCUGUCCGUCGGCUGGGCCUCUAGAUCCGGCGACAGCGGCUGCUAUCAGCCGCCUGCUCGCGCGCAUCGGAGCUGGUGACGAAGGCGACGGCGGCUGUCGCGGUUCCGCCGGGUCGUCUCUUGCAUCAUCAGCGCCAAGCCGCGGAAGGGGGGGCCACCAGGAGGACGCCGUCGAGCUCGGCAAGUUUGCCUGCUGCUUCCCCACGACCAAGUUGAGACGAGGCUGUGCUGCUGCCACCUACCGUAGCUGCUGCCAGAGGCCACCUUUCCAUGCUCCUGUCGCAAACGACGACCUCCCCUAUAAGCUGCUGCUGGUUCAAAUCAUACUGGAAGAGGAGAUGUGGGGUGUGAAGGUGCUGUACCGGGAGGUGGUGUCGGUGGCGAACACCAUCGGCAACAUCCUCAAGUGCAACGUGCAGGCACUCAGGUGGCUGAGAAUUGACUAGUAUAUACUGAUUAUGAUUGUUCUAUUUUAACUGCAGUAUGGAGCUUCCAUUUGCUCACACUAGAAUCAAUGCAUGAAUCUGUUCUAGAUUAAAUCCAUGACUUGGUUCAGGUUGGUUGGAAAGGAAUUUGCCAUGUUCUGUAGCAUUGCUUCCUGUUCAUGGACAGCAAGUUGUUCUUAUGAUAUCAUCGCCUUAUUAUUUUACAGUCUUUGCGAAAUAUCUGUAUUUGUUUUGCUGAUCAUGCUCUCUUUUUUGUCCGAGGAUAACGAGGAGGACUGAACGACCGUCGUUGCCCCUUCUUCUUCUUCUUCUUCUUCUUCGACUCCAUGUGUUUUAUGGGGAAGUUUCUAGCUCCUCUUUGUGAUUUCUAAGUCUUUUUGUAGUAUUUGGACCUCAAAUAUGUGUGAAGCUUGAAUUGCUUUCUUGGAUAUAGUGGUGGAUGUACUUGUUUCUGUCAAAUGAAGCUUGUAUUUAUUGCA